CUCCUCCUCACGGCCACCACUCCCCAUAUCUAUUCUCCUGUCGUCGUCAACCUUUCCCCCUCCGAGUUAGCUUGUUCAUCGGUAAUCCACCCACAUCAAGAUCUCCCCAAAUUCCACACCAAACCCUAUCUAUCUACCAGUCCAUCCCGUACAUCUUCUUCCAUCGAGGUCGAGCCUUCCACCCAUUCAUGGCGUCCACCACCAGUGGCAGCCUCCCAUCCUCUCCCUCACUCCCGGGCACCGGCUCCGAACAAGAAUUCUUCUCCGUCGACCCCCACGGCCUGUUCCUCCCUUCAUCCCCCUCCCCCGCCAGCCUGUUCGACCACGACUCCUCCUUCCAAGGCUUCUUCCCCACAUCCUCCCCCACGCGAGCAACAGCGACUCCACCUCACCCUACGGCCCCGUCAAAGCAGACCAAGAAGCGCCCCAGAGCCUCCCGCCGCCCACCCACCACCGUGCUCACCACCGACACCUCCAACUUCCGCGCCAUGGUACAGGAGUUCACCGGCUUCCCGGCGCCACCAUUUGCCGCCGGACCGUCCCCGUUCGUCCGCCCGCGGCUCCUCGGUGGCGCCUCCGCCUACGGGCCCCCCUUCCUGGUACGCCCGUGCCCUCUCAAAUACCCGCAGCAAAACCCUGCACUGCUGUCCUCCAUCGGCACCGGCACCACCACCGGCGGCGGAGCCAACUCUCUCAUGCACGCGCUCGCGCUGUUGGCGAGGAGCAACGCGAUGCCAAGUACCCCCGCUGAUGUUACGGCGAGAGGAUCAGGUGCUGCUGAUCAGUACGGCGGCCACCACGGCCACGGCAUGGGAGAUUUCAACUACAACCCGUUUGACGACUUCGAGACUGAGACUGCGGCAGCGGCAGCGGAAGGCGACAAGGCGGCGAACGGCGACCAUGCUGGGUUCUUCUCUUCCUUAGGCGGCGCCGGAGAUAAGUACGACCGGCACUAGCUAGUACUUACGUAUCUCUCUCUCUCUCUCUCUCUCUCUCUCUCUCUCUCUCUCUCUCUCUCUCUCUCUCUCUCUCUCUCUCUCUGAUGAGCGUGCUGAGCGGUCUUUGUGUAAUGUGGAUGGAAAUUGAGAUGGAGGAACAACUUUUGAUACUCUA